GCUCUAGAAAGGCCCGGUGUGCAGAGGCCAUGGGUUUGUCUGCAUCGUCCCCGGCUGCUGCAGGCCGGCCGCCCGCUGACCCAUCCGAGCAGCAGCAGGCAGCGUCGCCACCUGUGGAGUGCCCCAUGCACCAGGAGAAAAAGAGCGGUUGUCCAAUGCACAUGAAGACUCCUGAGCAUAGGACUGAGAACACAAAUAAUGUUCCUGCACAUCAAGAAAGAGCGUAUGAAUACGUAGCAUGUCCGGUGAAGUCUGGUGCAUCUCAAGGGAAUGAUGACAUAGAUCCAAGCAAUAUGAUGCCUCCUCCUAAUCAGCUGCCAUCCCCAGGUCAACCAUUUCCAUUGUCAACUGCUAGAGAAGAAUCUUCCAUUCCUAGAGCACAUUCUGACAAGAAAUGGGUCUAUCCUUCAGAGCAAAUGUUUUGGAAUGCCAUGCUAAGAAAAGGGUGGAGGUGGAAAGAUGAUGACAUAACAAGUGAAGACAUGACUAACAUCAUUAAGAUUCACAAUCAAAAUAACGAGCAAGCUUGGAAAGAGAUUUUGAAGUGGGAAGCUCUUCAUGCAGUGGAAUGUCCAUGCGGACCAUCACUGAUGCGGUUUGGAGGCAAAGCGAAGGAGUACUCACCAAGAGCCAGAAUACGUUCAUGGAUGGGAUAUGAACUUCCCUUUGACAGACAUGAUUGGAUUGUUGACCGAUGUGGAAAGGAAGUGCGAUAUGUUAUUGACUACUAUGAUGGUGGAGCAGUAGAUAAAAACUACCAGUUCACUAUCCUGGAUGUUCGGCCUGCAUUUGAUUCUCUCUCAGCUGUAUGGGACAGAAUGAAGGUAGCUUGGUGGCGGUGGACGUCAUAACUACUACACUGAGUCUGUUGUGUGUAAUCAAAAAGGAAACCACUGUCUUCUUAGGCUGCAAAUAAGUGGACAGUAGGACUUGAAAUAGAAGUUGACUGCAACUGAUUUUCAUCAUCACCACUGUUCUUUGGGGGGGAUGUGAUGGGUGACAGGGAUAUGGGGAAAUGCCUUGUUCAGUACACCAGUGCUCUAUGAUAUAUUUUGAAUUAAAUAAUAAAGUUACAGUAGCAAAAACAUGUAUCUUAAUUUUCUUAAGAGUUGGGAUUUUUUUUUUUUUGUCACAGAUACUCUGUAAGCUUUCUUUCUUUAAUUUCAUGCCUCCAGUGCUGCACCAAAUACAUUAGGUUUCUGGUUCUUCUGACUGGAGUUUUCAGGAUUACUUGGAAAAUAGUGAAAACUGGAAAUUUCAUGAAUGGUUUCACAUAGUUACACUAUUUACAUACUCAGAUGAUAAAGCAUAGAAGACUUGGUCUGUUACAAACUGCAUAGUUUAUUAACUAUAGGAAACUACAUAAUUGUUUUUACACAAGCACUUUACCUAUUCAAACACGUUUUCUCAGAAAAUUUCAGUCAGAUCUUCGUCUGUUAAAGGAAAUACAGUACGAGUAUUUUUAAAGGUGUGUUAAGUUGAAAAUGUGGAGAAUAUACUCUUGCUUUAAUUUGCAAUUUAUCUUGAACAGAACAGGUGAUUUAGAAGCAGGAAAUUAGUGUAUCAAUUGCUUUUGAAACAAUCUAAAAUGAGAUAGGAUUGAACUUUAAUGGAUAUUUAUUUGAGUAUUUAAAGGGUUUGUUUUCUGAUGUAAGAAAAUUGUAUUAUUUUAGUGUGCUUAAGUAUUUUUGUCUUUAUUGUGUCUUGUAAUGUGUUCAGGACAGCAGCUGUAUUUAAAGAAUGUUUCAUGUAUUGCAUCUGGAUUUUGCAUCUUAGUUUCAUCAACUAUAAAGUAGUGGUUUUAUAUAUGUAAUACAGAGUCGCACAACGGUGUAUGACUGCGUAGUCAUGGUUCUGCAUGGUGAUUGUAGUGAGGCAUAUUACAGAUGUGUAGAUAAUUUGGCUAAAAGGAUAUCUCAAGUGCCAAGAAAUAAGAGUGAUUUGAGUGCUUUCUAAGACUUAUGCAUGUUAAUGCUGUGAGGCUUAAAUAUUUGAGUGAUGUUUGUGCUUAAUAAGGGAAACUAACUUUUUUUUAGUCUUCCAGCGUAAUAGCUUUAUUCUUCCCUUUUAGCAUACCCUACUGAGAAUGAGAGAAUGAGAAUGAGACCUCCCUGCAAAACACUUGGGAAUAGAAGGAAUAACCAAGUUUUAUGUUGUAGCUUCUCAAGUCAUGGUUUCUUCAUGAAACUUCAAAACUUUUCACUGGGAACCAGCUGUACAAUAAUUUUCUGAAAGUAGCUAUUUUUAACUGGUAAUAGAGGCCUUUUUUUCUUUUCUUUUCUUUUCUUUUUUUUUUUUUUUCUUAGUAUUUCAGUAAAGUAGCUCUUCCCAUUUAGGAAAAUGAUUCAGGGAAACCACCAUACUUUGUAGUACCAACAAAGACAAAUGGCUCCUACUUCAGAGGCAACUGUCCUGCAGGUAGAAGUAAGUCGUAACCAGAAGUCAAAAAUACUAAAAAAAAUUAACCCUCAUUCUUAUCCCUUUCCACUUUUCCACAUUCCUUUUCCCUCUUUUUCAGUGAACCAUAUAUAUAAAAAUCAAAAAUAGUUUGGAGGAAAAAAACAGAACCUUCAAUCUGAGUAGGCAAUAUAUAUGCUAGAUAUGAGGAGCGUGUGAGCUUGUAUGAAGGAUUGUAUCUGAUAAAAAGAGAUGUUCCUCUCAGUUCGAAGAGAAAAGACUGAGGGCCACAGCUUUCUGAUUUUUUUUUUUUUGAUUGAUUGAUUGUUUUAUGUAUGCAUUUGGUAACAGUGUAUAUGGAAUUCUGAUUCUGUAUUUCUCACAAAUAAAUAUGGAAAAGGUACAACAAUGGACGGAGUGCUUCAGAAGCUUCAAACUAAAUAGCCUGUACUGUUGAUUUCGGAAGCUUGAUGUUAAGCGUGUUAUGAAGACUGUAACUGCUGCUAAAUCUGAUAAAAGAUUUCUCAUGCCACUUCAUGAGUUUACUAUCUUCUGUUAUGUUCCUGGAUUCAAAGUCAUUGUUCUGUGUGUGAAGGAAUUCUGUGUGAAUUUGUUCUACUGUUCUGGAAUUGAUCCAACUAUUAAUAAAAUGCAGUUCUUUAUCAUUCAAACAAAAAGGAGAAUCAAAUAAAUAUACUUUUCUUAAUGUU